CAGCAGCAGCAGCAACGGGGGAGAGAGAGAGAAAAAAAAAAGGGAAUGAAGAUUUCUUUUUUCUUUUUUUUAAACCCACCGCUCCCCUUCAGACGACCAGCGUUUCCAGCUCAAACAAAUAUCUUUUAACAACAUCACGUUGUGGAAUAGUCUGGCGCCGGAGCAUCGCUGGAACCAUGCCUCUUCUGCAGAUUUGGACUGGGAAAUUUCAUCCACCAAUUUGAUCAUCAAGAGGCUGCUGCUCAGUCAUUCAUGCCAGUGUUUGUUUUUCUAAGAGGAAGAAUACUUGUCAUCACUUUUAAAAGUAUUGUGUAUGCUGUUUUUUAAGCAAGAUGUCUGAUCUUCUGGUGUUGGUCGAGGGGCUCUGUGACCUGCACGGAUUUCCAUAGCCGGGGAAAACAGCGGGGGCCAAUUACGAGAUUUUUUAAAAAUCAAGAAGACUAUUUUAAUGAAGACAUCGCAUGCGUAGAUGUAGGGUAGAUUAUUCGACAUUUUUUUAAAAGGCAAUUAUUUUUUAAUUGCCAGUUUUUACUUUGUGCAUUUUUCUGGAGGACCACUGGACUGGUUGGAUUAUAGAAACUAUAUAUAAGGAUUUGUGGAGAUGUUGGGUCGUCAAGAAGAUAAAAUAUGUGGAAUUUUCUCUGCUCUGGCGGCUUUGUCCUUCUUCUGCUUUGUUCAAAGCUCUUCCACGGGAAGCACCGGAAUGUCUGUGGCCAAGGCCACUGUGGACAAGCUGCUGAAGGGAUAUGACAUCCGAUUGAGGCCUGAUUUUGGAGGUCCUCCAGUCAUCGUAGGAAUGAGCAUCAACAUAGCGAGCAUCGACUCCAUCUCAGAAGUAAACAUGGACUAUACCAUCACAAUGUAUUUCCAGCAGAGCUGGCGAGAUAAGCGUUUGGCCUACAAUGAACUGAAGCUAAACCUGACUCUGGACAACCGUGUAGCAGACCAGCUUUGGCUCCCUGACACCUACUUCCUUAAUGACAAGAAGUCCUUUCUGCAUGGUGUGACAGUAAAGAACCGUAUGAUCCGAUUGCACCCAGAUGGCACUGUCCUAUACGGGCUGAGAAUAACCACCACCGCUGCGUGCAUGAUGGAUCUGCGGAGGUACCCUCUUGAUGAACAGAACUGCACCCUUGAGAUUGAAAGCUACGGAUACACCACAGAUGACAUCGUAUUCUUCUGGCAAGGAGGGGACACCGCUGUGACGGGCGUGGACAAGUUGGAGUUACCUCAGUUCUCCAUUGUGGAACUCCGCUUGGUGUCCAGGGAGGUCAGGUUUACUACAGGUUCAUACCCGAGGCUCUCUCUGAGUUUCAGGAUUAAGAGGAACAUUGGAUACUUCAUCCUGCAGACGUACAUGCCCUCCAUCUUGAUCACCAUCCUCUCCUGGGUCUCCUUCUGGAUCAAUUAUGAUGCCUCUGCAGCUCGGGUGGCCCUGGGUGUGACAACGGUGCUUACCAUGACAACAAUUAACACCCACCUUAGGGAGACUCUCCCAAAGAUUCCGUACGUGAAAGCCAUCGACGUCUACCUCAUGGGCUGUUUUGUGUUUGUGUUCCUGGCCCUGCUCGAAUAUGCCUUUGUAAAUUACGUGUUCUUUGGCCGGGGCCCUGCGCAACAGAAGAAAAUCAACGAGAGGCUGAACAAAGCCAACAACGAGCGCACAAGAUACGAAGAGAAGAGCCUGAGGGAACAGGUUUGCAUCUUCAUCUCCUGCCUUUCUCUCAGUGUCAGUCAGGGGGGGUUUGGGGGCUACUGCUCGACACUUCAACCCUCGCUGACUCUCUUUCCUGUCUGCUCUCAGGUGGAUGCUUAUGGAAACAUCCUCCUCACCACGCUGGAGAUGAACAACGAAGUGAUGCCUUCUGACGUGGGGAGCAGCGUCAGUGACUCUCGGAAUUCAGUCAUGUCCUUCGACAGCUCCGGGGUCCAAUUCAGGAAGCCCAUGGCGCCCCGAGACGGCUUCAGCCACCACUCGCUGGACCGGAGCGCCAUGCGUAACCGCGCCAACUGCCGGCUACGACGACGCUCCUCCAAGCUCAAGUUGAAAAUCCCAAACCUGUCAGAUGUUAGCACCAUUGACAAGUGGUCCCGGGUCAUUUUCCCUAUCACCUUUGGAUUUUUCAACCUAAUCUACUGGUUGUACUAUGUGAAUUGAUGUGCAUCCCACUAGGAAUCAUGGGCCAUAUUUUGAGAGCACAUUAAAUUGGCUUUGAUACAGUUCCAAAAUAUGUAUACACAUAUACAAGUUGAACAUAUGUAUAUGCAUAUUUAUAUAUAUUAUAUUUAUAUAUACAUGUGUGAAAUCUGAAGGACCUUUCUGCUGUACAAAGUAUUAAUAGGAUGACUUGAAUGUUUAAGAGUAAUUGUGAGAGAAGAAUUUCAAGGCUUUGAGUUUCUUUUUGCUCCCGAAAGAAAGAAACAAACACACAAACAAACACACAAACACGAGAUCCCACCCGGGGUUUUUGGAACUAAAGACUGCAUGAUAUUUUUGCUAAAAAAAAACAACAACAACAACAACAACCACAAGAAAAAAGAGAAAGUGAAAGCUCUUGAGAGGGGAAAGAUGUCUCAGAGUCCCAUUGACUUUUUAUUGAUACUUAUUGUAAUCAGAAAUCCUCGACUGCAGCUCAUGAGAUCAGUGGUGGCUCGUCUGUUCAGGCAUCAGCUGAGUAUGAUCCUUGACACCCUCCCCAGCCCCCGCCGCCUUCACACAACCUACCCCCUACACGACCCCACCCAUCGACCAUGGAUAACAUGCACGGAAAAUCUCCGGUUCUACUAUGUACAGCAACCUUGUUUGGAUUAUGUGUUGUUCCUUGGGUUUUUUGAAGUGGUAUCGUUCUCUUUAUCAGACAUCCGGCCUAACGGGCUCCAUAGAGGGGAUGACCGACCGCCGCAUUCCCACCCAGAGUCAACGCAAACUUGUGUUCCUUUCUAUUCUCAUGUUAUUUUUAGAAUCACGUCUUUUGGGUAUCGGGAGGGGGCGGGUCUUUUUCAUUAUGGUUCAAAACAAGUGCUGGUUAUUGUAGAUAUGAUUUUGUCUUGAAAAAUACUGUGAUUUCAGAGAGUGUCGGAACAUGUUCUAGAGCUAGGGCAUUAUAAGAUAAAAGAGUCAAAGGUAUGCAUUACUCAUUUUGAUUGUGUGAAGAAGAAAUAUUCUAUACAUUUUCUCAUUAGGUAUUCUCAUGAAGGUGUGCUGUUUAUUUCCUCCUGUUGAUUGGUUCUCAUGCUCUUUAGAUGCAGAGUUCACUGACUUCAUAUCCUGCUUUGUGUUUGACUAAAAGGAAAUGGCAGGAUUGCUAUUGCGAUGGUUGAAAAAUGGUUCCACGGCAGAGAUGUUAAGACGUGUAUAUUUAAAAAAAACAAAAAAAAGAGUCAACAUAUCAGCCCGCAGUUUGACCAGUUGUCAUUCAGUAUUUCUUUGUUCUUUGUUUGUUUUGCAUUCGUGUUGGAGUCGCAGUUUGUGAAGGCAAGAUUAUUUAUUUGCGAUAGUAAUGGGCAGCCCGAGCAGAAUAUGUGUGAGGAGAAGGAUUCAGCAUUUCACAGUCAAACUCAAUCAGUGCCAUCACAAAUAUGUUCCGAACCCCCGAGGAUCAGAAACAUCAGCCUCAUCGGGAAUGAUGCGGUGAUUCUCGGGGAGAAAAUGUGAUAAAUAGCCAUGAACUGAAAUAACAACCAAAAGGCCUAUAAUCAUAUGGUUUCCUUUUCUUUCUCAAACACAUACACACACACACACCGCAUUUCCAGUGCUCAGGGUCAUUUGCAAAACAGAACAAAAAGUUCUACUGGAACAGUAUUUUAUUCUUUUGUUCUUUUUUCAAUCACACAUUUUAAGGUUUUGGAAAUCAGCCACCAACAAAAAGUAAAAGAAAUUUGAUUGUUCCUGUGAAUCCUUUAUUUGAUUUUAAUUAGUUAGGCUCAAUCCUCUUUAAAUACAUUCUUUAUUGGCAUUAAAAUUUCCCAAAUCAAUCUUUCAAAAGUCUUAAAAUUCUAAAAUAUAGGACAUUUUCUGAAUUCUUUAUUUCUGACAUUGCUUUAUCAAAUCCCUCAAAAAAGUGGUAUCAUCAUUUUUCUUUUUGAAUAACUUACCAAAUGCUUCUCACAUUACCGUUUCAUGAAUCUGGAUUAAAAGUCCUUAAUCCAACAUGCCUUAAGUAGUCAGAAACCUGAAUUAAGAUGGAGUCAGAGCAUUAGUUGAUGAGGCAGCAAACAGUGGAUAUUGUAGGGGAAAAACACAUUUAAAUAUCUCUUCCAUAAGACUGUUGGAAGUGCAGAUCAGCCAAAUCUAACAUUGAGUUGCAUAGCACAAUAAAAGAAAGCAAAGUGACUGGCUGAUUAGAGUACGCAGUGUUAGUGUACCUGAGAAAUAAAAAUGUUCAUACAGAACACAAACACACAGGGACAAGAGGAAGAUGGAAGGGCUGCAGAGUCAUUUAUCAUGAGAAAUAUCCACUCCCCUCUGGAGUGCAGUGCGUAGUGUGCAUACGAUGUCUGCAGAAAGGAAUACUGAUCAGAAAGCAUUUUGUCUCCGUGAGUCAGAGUGACGUUUGUACAGUGACGUGGCCCGAGCUGUGAUUCCAGUCUGGUUUUUAUAUUUGUUUAAAUUCUAACUAUUGUUGUCAUUGUACUGAACGGAAAAAGAAAGACAAAAAAGAUCCCCUUUAAGUAUCCAGUAAUCCACAAAAAUAUUGAGGAAGAUGAGGACAAGGGUAAAAUACUGAGCUGAGUGUUUUGUCUCUGUCUGCAGCUGAACAAUCUGUUGUUUGUCUCUCCAGUCAACUGUGAGCUCCAAAGGAUUACAAGACCAAAACAUAGUGUUGAGUCUUAAAUGUGAAGAAAGUUAAUUUAUUGUUAUUUAUGAGAAAGCUGUGCUGCAAUGGACUAAAUUAGCAGUUUCUAUUGUGUUUUAUGGAGAGUACAUAUUGAGUAUUACACUGUGGUAAGAGUAAAGGCCGGAAUUGCAGCAUAUGUGCACAAAUUCUUUAAAAGUUGCCAAAUGGAAGUGAGGCAAUAUUAUAAUGCAAUGAACUUGAAUCAGUAGCAUCAGUUGUUUCCACAUGCUAGUAGCGGCUAAUGUAGCCUCGAGGCGCUAGCCUUAAGGAGAAGUGAGGAGCGGCCUGCUCAGCUCACGUCUUUCUUACUCCACUCCCCCUCCAAUUUAUUUAAUCCUCAAAUUUCUAGUCUUUGGACUAAGCGACAUGACUUUAGCCAAUUUAUUCGACUACAUAUAGGUCUCUCUGGAGCCACAAAAGGCUUCAUACUACUUUUUUCCCCCCAUAUACACAGUUCCAUCCAAACCUGUAAAGUAGACUUGAAAUUGGUGUGGCGAAUUGGCAAAUUUUCCCUUUAACUUACAACACAUGCCUAAAAUAUGCAUACUGUAAUUCUAACUUCUCAUUUGAAAUGAUGCAAUUACUAUAUAGGAUUGCCAAUUGGUUUUUGCAAUAAGAUAAAGAGCAGCUCCUUAUUGUGUUUCCCGCAGAAUACAUUACUCCCAUGGUUGAUACAAGGGUACACUCAUUUUUUAGGUUACCUUAACCUUAAGAAAUAACAAUAAGAAAGGUGGUAAUAGUUAGUGAUUAUGAAUACUAGUUCAAAUAAUGCCCUUUACAAUUUUUGUAUUUUUUUUGCAUCAUUUCAUCCGGGGAUCACACUAACAGCUUGUCAAACUGUUCAAAGGCAAUAUGAUGGAUCUUUAGUGAGAGUGUGAGGAUACUUUUUGUUCCAGUGUAAGACAAGCAAAUAUUGUUGGAAAAAAAAAAUAUGGGACCUAAGUCAACAAUAUAAGUGUUAUUCUAAGUAAAUCGAUAGAACAUGUCUGACCAGAGAGAAGCCUUUUCCUACUCUUUGGUCUCAACCUGACCUUACAUUUUGUAACACAAACUAACUGUCAGAUUCUCCUUCAGGUCAGAUAAUUCCCAGAAAUUAAUACAAACAUGCCUAUUCAGGUGUUAUCUUCUUUUUAGAGAUAUUUGAUGCAUAUCUUUAAUAAACUCUGGACACUUACAGAGGAGAAACCUUAGCAGCCCUUGCAUGCUCGCAAAAUCUACUCAGCACUCAUCUCACUCAGAACAUGUAUAACCUGCUUUCUGGACAUGAAAUCAGCACAUCCAUCCCAAAAGCUGUGAGGAUCUUCUUUUCUAUGCUUUUACUUUAGGAUAUUUGCUUAUACAAGAGAGAAGAUACAUUCCUUUUGACACAUAUGUUCGAGGAGCAGAGGAGGAGAAAAAAAAAGUGUUGAACUGAUUUCAAUGUGAAUUUUCUUGCCUCUAGUGUAUAUGUGUAAUUACAUGUGAAUUGUACUGUAAAUAUGAUAUCUUUCACUUAAUAGUUCUUAAUGCAUGAACAAAAACAUGGCAGUUCGUAAUACCAGCUAGCCUCACUGCUAAUGGCAUGGACCGCUUCUCUAGCAUUGGCAUACUUCUGCAAACGAAACCUAAAAAAUGAAACACAAGAAAUACAUGGUGUGAACAGAAUAAUGGAGAAAUCAAUGCAAAGUCCUCUCACAGUGACGGAGUUUCUGGUGGCUCUGAGCUUGUAUUGGUUCACCUGCUCCAUCAAGAAUGAGGCUAACACUGCUAACCAUUUCCUGGAAAUUGCAGAAUGCCUUGAUUCACUGUCAGCAAACGGGAUGGUGCCAUCUUGAAUGAAAUUCUCUAGGUGGGCUUUCCCAUUAAAUACACCCGAAUUUAAAAGUUGGGUUAGAUUUCAGCACAGUAUACCUGCAGUGUUUACCUCAGACAUCAACAAAAUCACCCAAUUGUCCGGGAGUCUACGAUAAAAAUAUUAAGGGCAUGAUCGGCUAGCUGGCUUAUAGAGGCUAGAGGAGCAGGAUGGCCUUAAGAAGGCGAGUGGGAUGUUCUUUCCUGCUCCUCAAUAAGACAGUCACGUGUGCCCUUGAGCAAGGCACUUAGCCAAAUGCCCAAGUGCAGCUGCUCACUUGCUAACAAUAGAAGUUUAUGUCUGUGCGGUGUAGGUCCUGGAAGUAAAUACGUUUAGCAAUGUGAGGGAAUUGUCCUCUGAAUACAUGCAAAGGUAAAACGUAGUUCCACUGAUGCACCUUGGUUUGUUUGAGUAACUCAAGCCCAGUAUUGUAAUGCUAUAAUUACAAGCCAGGACCUUUACAGUAAAAGUUAUGAAUCAUGACAUUUUUUGUUGACUCCAGUCUUGUGUUAGGACAGUUCAUCUAGGAUUACACCCCUCCCAGAUAAAAGCAAUGCAUGUUAGCGCAAAACUGAGCCCCUUUUUAAAAGAACAGACCACGAACGCACAAGAAAAUUUCAUCCACCAAACACCAGAACAAGGCUGACAGACUCCUCACUGUUAGAAGAAUUUUUGCUGGUGCAUUCAUUAUUUUGUACGUACCUUGUAGGUUUUGUUUUGCAUGACCUGAGUUUUGAAAGGUUUAUUUUCAUAUCUUUUUACUCCGCACCAUCCAAAUUCAUCCCCACAGCCAGGGAAAAGAAACAUCCAGUGUUUACAUGCUCAAAUUGCACUUGUUUUACAGUCCGCUCUUUAAAUCUUGUGAAACAAAACAGUUCGUAAAGCCAGGGGAGAAAAUAAAAACGUACAUGGUGUGACCCGUGCGAAUCACAGACAUGUACUUCUAGAUGAUGUAUUUACUGUAAACCACACAAUUUGGAAUAGAUGCACCGAGUGCAUGCUGUAGUUUUAUCAGGUUCAGCAUAAGCAUUAACAUCAGUCGCCCUUCAACUUCAACGGAUGUAAAGGAUGCUCAGCAGUAGCAUCUGAACGUAAGCCAUGUGAUUGCACACUGAGUGGGUGUUCCCUGUAUUUUCUCUUUAAUAAGUUGCCUCUGGUUAUGGUCUGUUGUCCAUUAAUGUGUGAUGAAGUUGAUUCCCAGUUACACAUCAGUAUCCCUCCCUAGAGCACACCAGGGAGACUCAUGUUUAACCAGUGAGGGGGAAAGAUUUAACAACACUUUAUAGAUAUGGCAACAGAAAGAAAGAAACCCACAAGACCAACAGCCCAUUUAUUUUUUAAUAUGAAUUAGUAAAUGAUUUGGUUCAUUUCUGUGUUCAAUUCUGAUUUAUUGUAUUUGUUGCAUUUGUUAUGGAUUGUUAUUCUUACUGUUGUUGUUGUUUUAUCAUAAGAAGGAAAUGUAAUUCAUCUGAUAUACUGGCACUGGAAGAAAAAUGCAUUUGGUUUUUGUACUGUAAUUGUUUUGUUCACAUUGGGCGCUUAUUUGAUUCAGUUGUUUAAUAAGGUGUUUGAUUUCAUUUGGAGUAUCAGUACUCAUGGAAUCAACAUUUGUGUAGUAUGAAGUUGUAUUUUUUUUGUCAGUGCAAUUUAAUGUUAUAGUGUCAAUCAGCUUUUUUAGGUGUUUGAACAAAAUGUGUUUUUUACAAAUACAAGGUGUUCAAGUAUGUGGUAUAAAAAGGGUUAUCAUUCAAACAACAGACUUUUUACAAAUAAAGGCUUAUACAGUAAGAAAAAGAGCUUAUUUUCAUAUAUGAGCCCAUAAAGGUUAAUAUCAUGCAAUGUUGCGAAAAGGAAGAUAAAUCAGGUUUUCCUCUUCGCUGUUCCAGGUCCAGUUGGUGUCUUGCUUUUUAUAUGUACAUAAAGACAGGUCAGAAAUACAA